UUCACGACAGUGGGAUUAGGAGAAAAAGUGGCUUUUUUAUUCUGCAGGCUAUCAUCUCAGUGCUAAGAAGACAAAAUAAAUUGCACAUCAUGGACAGGGGACAGAGGGAAGAUGAAGAGAAGUGAAAAGUUUGGAUCACAAUGCCAAUUUUCUUUAAGUUUAUUAAAUGAAGAAAAUUUCAGAUCUCAUGGGAAAUAGAUUAAUAAGCCUGCAGAUGCAGAAGAAUCAUCUUUCUUGCUUUCUGAGACAUUACCCAACAAAAGGGUGCUAAAAAAUGUUCAAAUGGUGUAGCACCAUAAGGUAGGAUCAGUCUUCUUCAUUCUCUUCUUGUGUCCAGUUUGUGUCUUCAUCUCCACAGCCAGAGAUGACCACCUUCCAGAGAAUCAGCCGCUCAGAGGAGAGAGUUCCUUUUCCGAUUCCUGGCCUCGCUGCAGACAUCCUGCACAUGCGAGUCAAAGAAGGAAGCAAAAUUCGCAAUUUACUGCGGUUUGCAACAGCUCGCAUGCAAGGGAAAGAAGAGGACGGCAGUGUGCCGGCAGUGAGACAGGUGGUCUUCACAGGUUUGGGCAGAGGGAUCACCAAGACCAUCACCUGUGUGGAAAUCCUGAAACGUAAAGUGGAAGGGCUGCAUCAGGUUUCCAAACUUUGCUACAUGACAGUUAAUGAGGUUUGGGACAGUCCCCAGCAGGAAGUGGCAGGUAUAACUGUGGAGAGGACGGUGCCUGCCAUCUGCAUCCUGCUCUCCAAAGAUCCUCUGGAUCCCCAGGAGCUUGGCUAUCAGCCUCCACAAACCUUCAGCGUUCCCACAGAGGAAGAGGAGAAACGUGGAGAGCUGCUAAGAACAGCUGGCAGCCCAUCUUCACUGCUCACUGCCAAGAGGCUCUGUCUGGAUGAUUGGACUGGAUGUCCUCCCAAAACCUAGUUUAAUGAAAGAUUUAAAAAAUAUGAGAAAAUGUACAUUUAAUGUACAUUGUCCCAUCUAUAUAGUCAGAUUUGGCUGAAAAAAGUACUCUAAUAUUGUUCUAUUAUUCGUACUUGUGUAAUUUGUGCAGUAAGUUGUUACUUAUUUGUUACUGUGUAUAUAAAUAUCUUUCUAAUGAUUAUUUUACUGUCUGAAUUCAAAACGGAUAGCAAAAAGGGGAAAAAAAAUCUGCUUAUAGCAGCAGAUUGCUGCAUCUUGUGUUUUUUCAGUAAUCGUAAACUUUACCGUUUAAAUAAUGUGUAUCUAAACCUUUAUUUGCCACAACAUCUGCAUUCUGCUCUUUAACAAUCAAUUCAAUGUCACAAUGGUCAUAAUUAUUUUUGCUUAAUUGUUCACUUAUAUCAAAAUUGGAAAACAUGGGGUAGCAGUGGUUAUGUGUUAUUUGGAAUGUAGAUAAUACUGGAAAGUGAGCAAUUCACAAGUCAGUAGGGAAUUAUACGUUUUUAAUUCUACCAUCUACACUUCGGACAGUCUGUUUUUUGUAUAUCUAUCUCUGUUGCAGUUUUUUAGUUUUAACUUAUGCUUGAAACAAAUCAAUAAACUAAACUGA